UUGUCGCUUAAAAAUACAAUGGGAUCAGCGGAAAUUAUAACGCUAGAUCACGCAGAGCCUACGCAUUCAUCCUCGCCCUUGAAUAGACUACAACAGUCUCCGUCCCAUUCCAGUCUCGGAGUAUCAAAGUUAUUGUCUUUACCGGCGAUAAACCUACAUUUACAUUCUUCGAUAGUAUUUUUACACCCUCGGAGUAAUGAGAAUAAUGAUGAGGAUGAUGAUAGCAGUAUAAAUCUUCCACCACCUGCUUCCGAGGAUGAGGAUGUUAUAAGAGGCGUAGUCGAGCUUUAUUUACCAAGUUCAAGGAAAAUACACGGUAUAGAAGUUAGAUUGAUAGGAUCACAAUGUAUAAACUUUCCAAGCGGCGCAUAUGAAACUUUCCCAGUUCUGGAUAAGUAUGUUGAAAUUGAUAAGACUUAUUUAGAAAAAGGCACACAUAAGUUCGAGUUUUCAAUCAUUAUACCUUCGUCAACCCCUGGUUACGAACGUUGUGCCUACGGUAGAGUGUACUACUACGUUAGAGCCAAAGCUAUCAGCGCUGGACCACUCGGAUUUGAUUUGACCGAUUCACGUGAAGUUCUACUAGUUAUCAACCCAAAUCCAGCUGGUGAACCUAGCGGUUUAAGUUGGCAUCACGAUCAAAUUAUAGACGGAUUAGGCGCGAUGUCAAUUGAUUUAGAAUCCACCCAUUUGACGAUAGGUGGACCCGUACAUUUACGUUUACACCUCCACGAACCACCAAAAGGUGCAACUUUACACUGUAUAAACGUCUCUUUAUUACAAUAUAUCACCCUUCGUAAUAAAGAUAGGAGUAAAGAAGAGAAAGCGCCAGCAGUUGCUGUUAAAUUCUUCCAGAUUGGUUCUAGGAAACAUGAACCGUUACUCAAUCCAUAUGAAGAAGUUGAUGAAGAUGGAUGGAAACACGAAUGGAUUGGUAGAUUACCUGAUGAUGAUCAUGCACGUCCAACUACAGUAAAAACCAAUAAAACUUCUAUCAUCAUCUCACAUCAACUUUUGGUACAGAUAUUUGUUACACCCUCAAAUCUAGAUGGUGAACAUAAGGAUAAAGAUGAUAAAUCUCAAAUGAAAGUCGUUAGCAUACGUAGACCAAUAUUUGUCAGUAGCUGUUGUGUUAGCUUAGAUAGCAUUACUUUACCUGCAUAUGAAGAAGUUGCACCAAAUCAGGAUAUUAUGUAUGAAUGUGCAUGCGGUCAACCACUACAAUCUCUUAUUGCUAAGGAGACAGCAGUACCAGCACAACAAGGAGGUUUACAGGGUAGUUCAACAGACCUUAGUAAUGCUUUAAUACCAAUAGCACAAGAACAAGAAGAUGAGGAGAAAGCUAGACCAACUGAUGAAAGACUUGGCAGAACUCAUACCAGAUUCGCUGAUAAUUAUGUAUCUAGACAACAAUCUAGGGAUAGUUCCUUAAACAGGAACACGCGAUCAAGAUCAAGACCUGCAUCUAUAAAUUCACCGACGAUCGAACCAUCUACUUCUUCACAAUCACUAACAAGAGAAGCAAGAUCUAGACCUAGAAAUUGGUUUAAACGUGCUACAUCUAGGUCAAACUCAAGAGCUAACUCCCAAGCUAAUAGUAGAGCACCUUCACCUGUUAGACAUAGUUCGUAAACAUGUAUUUCUAAAUCUUAUAACAACGCAUCGCAUAUUGCUUAGAUUUAUUCUCAUUUAAUGAUAAAGACGUUAAAGACGUUAGAUAUAAUUGAGGUUUUAGAUUGUGAUCACCUGGAAACCUAUCCAUUCCUUGCCUGGUACCAAGUCAUAGAAAUCUCUAACAUGUCCAGGCUCAACGCAGAUGAAUUCAUUCCAGCCACCUUCAUGCAUAUCAGCCAUACUCUUUGCACCUUCACUUGGAUUCCAGAUAACUGUAUCUGGUAAAUUAUGCUUGCGAAUCUUGAUACCGUUUGUUAAAUGAAUCUCAUCGGUGGUAUUCAUAUAAACUGAAUCAGUGUUUUUGUUUGCGUAAACGACGUCAUUAGAUUCAAUACGUGUUUCGCCACCAGUGGUUUUGUCACUGUAUCUAACGCCAUUCAAUCCCUUGACACCAACUUCAUUUGGAUUUCCUGCGUAAUAAGUGUGCAAAAGUGCUUGGAAUGGAAGUACAUCAGUUGAUGACGUGUUCUUAACGUGAAGUGUGCUCGUUAAUUGAUGAGCGGUGAGAGUGACUGUGUAGACCAACCUUGCUGGUGGAAGUUUUGGUGGUGAAUCUAAAAUGAAUCUAACACUGACGCCAUCAUCAUUAUCCAUGACUGGAGUUUCAUCGUAUGUCCACUCAGAAAUACGGGCAUAACCGUGCUGUGGGAGAUCGCUAUACGCACCAGAUGUUGGCGGUUUACCAAAUACUGGGAAUGCGAUAGGAAUACCACCUCUGAUAGCUUUCCCAGGUAUCAAUUUAUUGGAAAGAAACAAGUGCUCUUUCUGGUGGGCGUCUUUAAAAGAAGUGAUAGUAGCGCCUAAUUUAUUGAUAACAACGCUAUUACCUGAGCUGUGUACUAUUUUUAUUUCCUUAUUUUCCUUUGAAAUCAUCUUAAACUCUUACGUCGAGAUGGC